AUGAAUGGUGUAAGUGGAGUAGGGGUAGGAGCUGGUGGUAUACCAGGGGAAAUCGUGGGUGUGGAACCAGCGCCGAAUGUGACCGAGCGAGACACAGUGAAGGAGGAAAAGAGACCUGAGACCACAGUGCUGCCUGUGGCUGCGCCAGUAGUGGUGCCUAUACAGCAAGAGAACGUGUGGGUAGUUGGAGGGCCGGGGAGUAACAAAGCGAGCCUGUGUGAAAGAGCUGUUGCACGACGAGACGGCUGGACACAUUUCAGCGUGGGUCAGCGUCUCCGAGCUUUAGCGGAUGCAGGCGGCGGUCCUGCAUCGGACGGUGCAUUGGCGCGGGCUGCGGUGAGCGGCGGCGAGCAGGCGCCCCGGGAGCUGGUGGGUCGACUGGUGAAGGCUGCGCUGUCAGACGCGGCGCGCACCGCACACGGACUCGUGCUCGACGGUUACCCCAGGGAUAUGGAGCAGCUGGAACACUUCCAGAAGGAGCCCCGUAUGCUCCUGCUGGACUGCUCGAAGCUGCAGCUGGGUCGUGGACGGCGCGACGACUCUGUGGCCGCGUUCCGCCGCCGACUCGAGGUGUUCCGCGAGCUCAGCCUGCCCAUGCUUAAACACCUCGAUCAGAAUCAUAGACUAGUCAUAGUGGAUGGCGAUACAGAUUCUACGGAAGUACAAGAGGAGUUUACUCAGGUACUUCUGGAGGAGAUGGAGAAAGCUGAAGCACUUGCCGCGAUGCCAGAACAGCCGCCCACGCCUAAACCGAAUGGAACAGCAGUACAGCAGUUUGCCCACGCCAUGGCGCGCAUGAGUGGUGGGAUGGGCAACGGCUUCGCGAACGGCGCUCUAAGAAAUGGAACCGCACACAACGGGAUCCUGCCCAACGGUAACGUGGCCAAUGGAUUCGCGAACAUGGCCAACAAUAAGGUGAGGAAACGGGUAUGAUGAUUGAUAUUUUAUGAAGAUCUAUACAUCAUCAUCAGCCGUAAGAUGCCCACUGCUGAGCAUAGGCCUCCCCCAUAGGUCUCCACGACGAUCGGUCCUACACUGCCCGCAUCCAGUGGAUUAAUCCUUUAUAAGAUCGUCAGUACACUUGGAGGGAGGCCUACCCACUGAGCGUCAUCCGGUACGUGGUCGCCAUUCGAGAACUCUUCCGGCCCAACGGCCAUCAGUUCUUCUCACUAUGUGUCCCGGCCACUGCCACUUUAACUGAGCAAUUCUUUGAGCAAUGUCAGUAACGUUAGUCCUCCUACGGAUCUCUUUAUUUCUUAUUCGAUCACGUAGAAAAAUACCAAACAUUGCUUGCUCCUUUGCCCGUUGGGUGACCUUGAGCCUUCUUAUGAGACUGAUAGUGACCACCCACGUUUCGCUUCCAUAAGUCAUCGCUGAUAACACAUACUGAUAGGAUAGACACUGAAGGCCUAUACACCAUUAUCAUUAUCAGCCUAUUAAUAUCCGCUACUACAUAUACAUACUAUCUAAGACAUCGAUGGCGCAGUGGUUAGCGCUCUCAGUCUACUAUACGGUAGUUAAGCAACUUUCGCUGUGGCCGGUCAUAGGAUGGGUGGCCAAAAAAAUAUUACGCAGCUUCUGUAGUUCUACUGCUGCAUCUGCAGUCGUUAAUAUCCACCAGUCCGCACUGGACCGUUGUGGUAAGUUAGAGACAUUAAUAGGCUGGUGAUAUUUACCCCCAAUUCUGAAACACGGGCUUUUCUUAUGGUAAAACCAAUAAUGAACAACGUGUCAAAGAUUCCCACCGUAUCCCAGAUGACGCAUGACGAGGUGCGUCGUCUGUACGAGCAGAGCUCCGGUGACAUCACCAUGAACACACACAUGUAG